AUGAGUAUAUUGGUCAUUGGUAUGGCUGGAACCGAAGGAUAUCUGCUGGCGGCUACAUAUGCAUGUAAUACGGCUAGGAUAGAGUGUAAGCCCUUUUCCCAUUUCACCCCUAUAUCAUCCUAUAAUGAAGACGGAGAACCCCCGAAAUUCCCGCCAGCUGAGGAUGUUGGCUAUCAACGACAUGAAAUUCGAAUAGUUCCAUUGGAGAACCCUAUGCUCGCACUGGGUAAGGGUCAUACACACAGUGUUCAACCAUGUGAACAAACCGGAGCCAUCCGCACACCCCAGGUUAUGCAUAAUAUACUGGAACUCAUUCCGAUUGGUUAUGAAGGGCAUCCUCCCUCCGCUGGCCAGAUUUGCGUGCAGCUGUUGACAGGCACCCAUGAGCGACUUGGGGCUCGGAUCUCUCGUGUGGCCAUCAUAUCAUUGCCAUCCAGGCUCGCUGAUAAUGAUACUGGAACAUCAUCCUGCUACUCUCAUAGCCCGAAGAUAUCUUUACGUCACCAUUUAUGCACAAUGCCUUCAGACACUUGUACGGCUAGCCGCAUUCUUGACAAGCUGCACGAGCACGUUAUGAGAAUUAGAAAUAGUGUGCCUGAGAACGGCCAUAUAGAUUUACAUGAUCUAGACAGUGUUGAACACGUGAUGAACUUUGAUUUCGAGCACUUGAAUGAGAAAGCGGUUCCCCCUCUUUACUUUGAACCCAUGCAGCCAGUCGAGUUGAAGCAGUUCCCACCUGAUCCAGCACAAGUGCGCAGUUUCUUCGACAUAAUCGAGCGUGGCAACGAUGAUUCCAGCUGUUGCCGCCAAAUUUCUGACCUCAUCUCUGACUAUGCAACCCGCAACGCAUUGUCUCACCAACAUCUUCAGAUUGUGGAGGCACCUGACAGUACCUUUUACUUGGAAGCGAGCCUCGCAUGGCCUUACAGUGGAAGAGGUUGGUGGGAAGUUUGUUAUGUGCUAGAGCCAGAGCCCAUGAAUGGAAAGGGCUAUCCCCAUCUAGCCCUUCACCUCCUUGACAGAACGGUAGCUCACGAGGACUCAAUUCUCUUCUCGGAGUUCAGUGCAUUGGUUAUUGCCAUGCGAGGGCGUGUACACCAACCAAAGAUAGAUUCGGAGUCAGAACGGGAAGAACUUUAUGAACAUGAAGACGCUGGUGAGGAGUAUACAAACUUCUUACCCAUGUCCUGCUCAGCCAUGUUUCCUGAUGAGGAAAUCUUUCCUGUACUGCUCAUCUCUUGUGUCCUUCCACAGCAUGCAAGGAUAUUUGCUGCAUGCAUUCAUCAAGGGAAGCUGGUGAUUAGACAGUCCAAACUCUACAGCUUUCAAUGGAGGGACAAGGCACCAGUGGAGUUAUUUACUCGACUCUUCCUCAGCAGUCCUGUGGACACCAGGGGCGAGACCCAUCCCGAGUUGUUUAGGGCCAGUAAUAUACCUCUUGAGGCAGACGAAUGGAUAAAGGCAGCGAGGGCCUACAAUCUCACCGGCAACACCUUGUGCACCUGGUCUAAUCUCCUUUCCGGGUCCAAAGUGUCCAAAGAACAAUUUCUCUUGUACCCCAUUGUCUGCCCCGAACGCAAGAAGCCGAGAGAAUUAGAUCUCACAUGGUUUGGCGCAGAGAUUUGGAAGGGAUGGAAUUCUACGAGAGUAGACGCAACUGAUGAGGAUACUGUGAAUUCCGCUCUUAUUGAGCUGCUCAAUGCCCUGACCUCCACAAGCACUGAUGGAGUUGCUGGUGGAGGACAUACAAGAGGCGGCUUUCUAAGGGACCGGAGACUCUCGAAAGUGACGAUGCAGGAGGCGUCGCAGCUGGUUGCUCUGGUCAACCAGCAACCUGGUCAACCAGGUGCCGAUGACAUGUACCGUCACUACCUGGCGAGCCAGUGUGGAACCCAGACCUUUGUCAACUCUCUGGUUUACCAGAAGAAAUGGAUUGAUUACCUCCAAACUGGGCAGAAUACAGAUGCCUUUGCGACAUUACAGUCUUACGGUCCCUACUAUAUCGACAGUAUUCGUGAUGGAGUGGAAAUCGAGCAACGCAUUAAAACAACGGCAAGGUGUCAGAUGAACCCUGAAACUCGACAACGGGGGGAAGAACAUGAUCAAGAAGGCACAGUCACAAAGAAGCUGCCAAUGCAGGUAUUGGUUAACAUCGUCGUGAUGUUCAUGCUUGCCUUCUUGAGCCCGACAGGGGCGAGGGAUCGAACAAUUGCUCCAAUGGUCUCAAGAGCCAUCUCUUCUACUCUUCUUGUGGGGGUUCGUGAUGCGGAUUUGUGGUUAGAUGGCAGAAUAUAG